GGGUAUGGACAUUUUGGGUCAGGCGGACAUUGGGCCGGAGCCCAAAUUGAAAGAGUUCAAAGCACGCUUCCCGCCCUUUCUUUGAGUCUUUGCCGCGCCCAUCCUCACUUUUGUCUCCUCCUCCCACUCUUUUGUCAAAGUGAGGUGGAUAUCGGAUGAUUCAGAUUUCAGAUCUGUGCGUGUGUGUGGGUGUGUUCGAGAGAGAGAGAGAGAGAGAGAGAGUCAAAAUGUUUGGGAAAGUAAGAGCGUCUUCUUGUCCGGCCGAGAGCCUGGAGAGACCGCCGUCCAAGAUUCUCAAAGACGAUUCUCUCUCCAUCUACGAGGCUACACUUAUGAAGCUUAAAUUGGGUUCUAAAAGCAAUUUGAGUCCAUGCUCCAAUGAGGUUGUAGGGGAGAUAUGUAACGGUUCUACUUCAAGCUCUUCCAAUUCGGAGCCAAUGAAGAUAGAUUUGAACUGUGCUUCUGCAGCGGCUUCUCGGGGUCAUACAGAGGUGGCCAGCUCUUCCCCGGAGCAGGAGGAGUUUAUGACAUUAGACACAGAUUGUUCUUCAGUAACAAGUUCUACAAGUUCUACUGAUUGCCAUUCUUUGGGUACCUCAAAACAGCAACGUAGUGCAAACGUUUCAGUUCUCUACCUGUUUUCUAAAUUUAAGAGAGCUCAAGAGGAUAUCUGCUCAUCCUCUGGAGAUGCAAUGACAAAAGAGAGUGCUAGUAUUUCUCCAAGUUCUAGCGGUUGCCAAUCUCUUAACAGCACAGAACAACGUUUGGAAAUGGAAUGUGUCAACUCUUUACCUGCUAGUCACAUAUGCAUGCUCUGAGCUGGGUUUAUAAAAUUGGCUUUGGGUUGUGCCUGAUUUGGCACUGGGAAUCUGAUGUGGUCUUUGUGUUUUAUUGAUCAGUUGAAAGCCAAUUUUUUGUUGUAAUUUUAUAAUCCCAAUUAUGAGGGAAUGCUUAAUGUAUGGGAAAUUAUGUCAGCCAUUAGCAAGCAAAGAUAUGCGAUGAAGUUUGUGUUU